AGGCUCCGGGUCCGGCCCGGCGGGCACGGGGAGCAGGAGGCGGCGGCUGCAGCGGGGCCCGCUGUGCCGGCCCUGCCGCUCCUCCUCCCGCACGUCCCGCUCAGCCGAACCCGCGCGAAGGUGUCAAACCAUUUACUCCUGAGAAAGCCAAGGAAAUUGUGAUGUCUCUACAGCAACCUGCAGUCUUCUGUAAUAUGGUUGGCGACUGGGCAGCCCUGCACUGGAAUGUGAAAUACCUUUCUGCGGUCUUGGAUGGAAAGACAAUCCAGUUUAGGCUAGGACUGAAGACAGUGGAUUUAGUUCCCCAGUUUGAAACCAGGUGUAGCUACGUGGAGGCUACACUUGAAGAGUUUUUGACUUGGAGUUGUGGGCAGCCUUCUUGUCUCUCUGGACCAUUCAGUUGUUAUGAUUCCUCCAAAUACUGGGCUUAUGCUGACUACAAAUACAUUGCCAGGAUAUUUGAAGACAAGCCAGAAAUUUUCCAGGAUAUAAGGUGGUCUGACUUUGGUUUUCCUGGAAGAAGUGGAAAAGAGAGCACGCUUUGGAUUGGUUCUGAAGGAGCAAACACCCCUUGCCAUUUGGACUCCUAUGGCUGCAACUUAGUGUUGCAAGUAGAAGGAAGGUAACAAGUGCAUAUGCAUACAGCAAA